AUGAAAGCGACCCGCUUCUGCGGCCUGAGUCAGGAUUUAUUUUGGUUGGCGCCCGCCGGAGCCACCUCAGCCGAGAUCCUAGCCGCGCGGCCGAGCGCACUGUUGUGUUCCAAACGAGCGCGGUCCCUCUCCUUGCUGUGUCGCAUUUUGCUCGGCAACCUCGAAGAAGGUCGUCAUCAGAACGCCGAGCCCAAGGCUUCUUUUUCCCCUGCCACCGACACUGGAGUGCGCGAACCUCGAGUUGUAGUGCCUCCAUCUGCUCCCGUUGGUCCACUCGUGGUUGAAAGCGUAACCGAAGACUCUGUCCGACUCUCCUGGAAGCAGCCCCUGAAGGACGGCGGGGAUCCGGUCAGAAACUACCUCGUCGAGUACAGAGAUGUGUCAGCAGCAGAGAUCGCCAAGUUCUCAGUGAGGACACCAGAUGCCCGAACAAGUUUCACGGUAGAAGACCUAAGGACCCGCCACUUCUACGUAUUUCGCAUUAGCGCCGAAAACGAGGCAGGCACAGGAGAAGCUCUCGUCGACAAGAAACCGGUUCGAGUACAAGCAGCCCCAAAAAAGCCCCCGGCACCAGAAUCACCGGUCGUGGUCAUCCAUCCCACCAUGCCUGACGCCUGCAUAGUGACGUGGUCACCACCGUGCGAUGACAUCACCUGGUACAUCGUGGAGCGCUGCGAUCUCGUCGGGGACGUCUGGAUCGUCGUGAGUCAGCAGAAGGAGGCCCAGUUCGUGGCGCAGAACUUGGUCCCGGGCAUCGAGUAUUCUUUUCGGGUCAGCGCCGAGAAUGAGGUCGGCAUGGGGAAGUGGUCCAAGCCAUCGGAGCCCAUAGUCAUCAUCAGAAAAGCUCCUCCAAAGCUAACCGGAUCACCGACGUACAAGGACGGCUUAAUGUUCGACUCCGGAGAAACGGUCCGCGUGAAGCUCUCCUACACCGGACACCCGCCGCCAGAUUUCACCUGGAGAAGGAACGGAGAGAUCGUUGUGUUUGACGGGUCGUCGGCCACCAUGUUGGUGGACAGAGAUGACCAGACUGUUCUUCUGAAGCUGGUGGAUGCCGACCCCAACCACCGGGGAAUGUACACUCUGGAAGCGACGAACGAGCACGGUUCGGAUCAGUUCAGCGUUGCCGUUAUGAUUACAGGUAAGAUGAACAAUGAACUUUGGAUGAAAGCAACCACUGCACACCAGGAACACUGCACUGUCUACGGGCUCAUUGAAGGUGGGCAAUACGCAUUCAGAGUGCGGGCCGUCACCGUCUACGGAACCAGCAAGCCAAGCCAGAGCUCCGAGCCUGUCACCCUUCUACGUCUGGGACCAGAGUCGAGGGCAGAGAGCCUGCCGAUGGAGACUAACUCUACAGAAGCAACAGAAGCCAUCGCCACUGAGCAAGACUUUGCCUCGACAGCCGACGACGCCACCUUGACAGUGACCAAAUACGACAGCGAUGACCAGCGCUCUUCACUCGAUGUCGACGAGUUCCUCAACGAAGAUGCGGCAGCAUCGGAGACUGUGUCUCAGGUGACGGCUCCGGCAGUCAGCGAAUGGAGCGAUUAUGACUCUCUCGUUCCUAGCUCGGUGGUCAAGGUAGAAUCGGGCGACAUUACAGAAGCUGAAUACGACGCAUUGACCAAGCGGGCUAGUCUUGAAAUAUUUGAAAAAUUGGGUCUUAGCGAAGCGGCUGUCGUGCAUGAAGAUAAUGAACCUCACGAGGAGGAAACAUUUGAGACAAUUGGUGUUGUCGUUCCGAGUGACGCAGUUUUACAAAAAGAAGAAAAACUGGAAAGUCUAGUCCGCGAGCAUUCUUUUGGAAUCGUGCCCUUCGUAAGCGACGCGAGCUUUGACUUAUUGCAAGAGGAACCCCGCUACGAAAGUGGAACCACCAGUUACGUGCCGCUGACAGUCAGCUGUGUCUUGACGAUUACCAGUUGGCAUUUAGCCGAAGAGUCAUCUACAGAACCCGCCCCGACAUCACAGCACCCUCUGCCGAUUCUCCUGGUAUCCCAUAUAUUUUCGCUGGUCGUGUUCUCGCAGCCACUUCUUCUGGAUCAGACGCAAAACAUGCCCCCUAGAAAAGUCCCAGACGGGAUUAUUGUGAAGUUAGUCACGCAGGCAGAGUACAGAAUGUACAAAAACUUGCUACCAGAAUCUUCCUUCUUGAUCAUUGACGUCGAGCACCCUUUGUUAGUGCUGGCUCCACCCUUACAACUAGAGUCCACGAGUCAUUUCUCAGAUCCCGACAAACUCAUUCCAAUCGCUGGACGGUUCACGCUGAGCGAAAGCCUACCUGUUCCACUAAAUUACGUAAUCGAUACCCUACUUUGUGAGGGAAAAUUGAGAAGACCAGAACGGCCUUCUACCGAUUACUGUUCGGUUGGAUAUGUUCGAAGCGCUGCAGAGCCGACUGCUAUUGUAACAACAGUCCAACCAGAAGGAGUGGUGCUUAGUGUAACCAAGCCUGACACCCCUACAAAGCUAAGCGAAGUGGAAACGGACGAAUCUUUCGUUGAAGAUAUGCUCGAAGCGCCGUACGCGAAACAACGCGACCUUCUUUCCGCCUCACCGUCCGACUCGGGGCUUGACUCAAGUAUUAGCCUUCCCGGUACCCAGUGGAGGCCUCAAGGACCGCUGGGUCUUAGGACAGAAGACCGAAGAUUCUACUAUUAUCCUGACGCACAGUAUUACAAGACUCAAGCCAGACUCAAGGAGUUUGACAUGCGCACCAGGCGACCUUACUCAAGAAGGAUAACGUCGCUGUCCAAGACCAUCGAAAGCGACUAUUCGCACAGGAAGUCGAACAUGGACAGGCUAGCCAAGAAGAUUUCCUCCGAGAUGUCCAGUCUGGAGAGGGAUCUCGAACUGUUGCAUUCCAUGCAGAGCAUGUUACGGCGGGAGCUGAAGACAAGGGAGAAGCCUACAGGGGAACAAACCAACGGCAAGACUUCGAACGGCAGAAAAUCUGAAGGAUCGCCGGAAACAACUCGUGCAAGGCCUUAUCCGGACGCGAGUUCGCGCCCGUACCUCAGUCGUCGGUUGUCGAGAAGUGACUCCGAGUCCGACGAACCCAUGGCGCAACUGCCACGUCCCAAGCCGGUGCCGAAAGGAGAGGCUCCGCGUUUCAUCACUCGCCUCGAGAAUAGGAUUGCACCGAGUGGGUACAGGGUUAAGCUGCAUUGCACCGUGGUCGGUGAUCCGACCCCUCAGGUCACGUGGCUGAAGAACGGCGUCAAGGUUUCCUUGGAGAACAGACAGAUAUCAAUCAACCAUCAAGACUACGGCCUAUGCAGCUUGGAAAUCUUUAACCUUAAAACUGCAGACACGGGAGAGUAUACUUGCACCGCCACAAACGCCUACGGGGAAGCAACGACAAGUGCUUACCUGCGAGUUACAGGUGAAAGGGAUCUGACGCCCGAAGAACCGAAGUUUGAAUCUUGCGCCCCUGACCUCACUGUUCGGGCUGGAGGAAAAGCUGUCUUUUCGUGGAAAGCCAGCGGUUCUCCUCUUCCGACCCUUAAAGUGACGAAGGACUCAAAGCCGCUUAGGACUAACUUGACAACGGAUGUGAUCAUCAGUAGGGACGGCAUCUGCCGGGUCUGCCUUCAGAAGGUGUCGCCCGCCGAUGCCGGAGUCUACACGUGUACCGCCGAAAACGACUCUGGAACGGCUGCUUCCACCAGCAUCCUUGAGAUUGCUGGCCUGGAGGAAGGCAGCAGCGACUUCCAAGAAGAACGACGCCGACUCGAGAAAAUUCAUGUUGACGACAGACGAAAUGCAUCAGAGGCCGUUGAAAGAGCGUCAAGGUUGGCCGAUCCCCCGUAUGUCUUAUCUCCUGAAGAAAACAAAGACGAUUACUACAAGUCACGAAGAAAUUUCAGGACUUAUGGCAUGCUGGGAUUGAACUACUUGGAAGAUGUCCCUAGGACGAGUUAUGAGCCACGCAGUGUGCCGGGCCCUCCUCUCGAUCCUGUUGUGACCGAGAGCGGUCCAACGUCGGCCACACUGGCCUGGACGAAACCCAUCAGCAACGGCGGCCACCCCAUAACAGGAUACCGAAUUCAGUACAGGGAGGUACCGUCCAAGCAGUGGCGCGACAAGGCGACAUCGAGAAUAUGCGUAUGUGAUAUCUACGGCCUCAAACCACAGACCGAGUAUGUCUUUCAAGUCAGCGCAGGGAACAAGAAUGGCUGGGGUCAGCCAGUGGUCGCCGUUCCUGAGCUCAAGAACUGGCGCUUUUUCUUGUGAUCUCGCUCUGUUUAAUAAUUUCAUUGAAGGCAUUUCAUACGUAGAAACG